AUGUCGCCCGUCGUUCAGAGAUGCUUGAUAUUCUUGAUCAUCGCACAAACGGUAAUGUCGUGCUUGGUACCGCCCUGCCCAUGGCGACCAUACCGCAACAGACAUCGUCUCACCAAAAAAGAGAUCGUCUUCACCCCCUAUAGCACACGUCAAAUGACUUCAUUGGGUGAGCCGAUGGCCCCGGUAUGCCCACGGGAGACCCAGAUCUGGUGCGAGGAGCGGUGCUGUGAUACGGAGACGAGUAUGUGCCUGUCGGGCUUCUGCUUGGAGAAGGGGAGAAUCUUCAACGUCUACAACUAC